GCCUGAAAAUUAAUUUUACAUUAAUAUUAGUGUAGAGGGGUGCAUACUGGGUAGAUUCCAGGAGGGUUGAUUGGUCGGCAUGCUAACCAACUAAUUGUUUUGUUUGUGAAAAAUUAGAGCGCUCAAAAACUGCGAACGUCACUUUCUGAACCAAAAAUUUCAGCUGAAUACUGUAUGUCACUAAAAUAACAAAGUCUUUACGACUUACUGCACUAAGAUAUAACGCGGGCAAAUACGUCCGCGAUCCGGCUUUGGCGACAUAAUAACAACAUCAAAAAGCCACUUAUUCAGCCCUUACGAAUUAGCUAGGAAGUUUCUACUUCAGAAAAGACAUCUUUUCGUGGAGUUAUUUUAUUUUACCUCGCUCUCUGGCGUGACCGCCGCAACCAUUUCUGUUUACUUUGACGUCACGACACUACGCUAUUUCAUGUCAGAAUUGCCACGCUAUUGUCACGACAACACUGUCACGCCAUUCUAUAGUUACAGCACUGUCACGACAUUGUCAAUAAAGCUUUUGACAUAUCACGCAAUUAUCCGAUGUACGACAUUCUUGCCGACAGAUAUAAAAGAUUCCUUAACCAUGGCUUGAAUCCUCCUAAAAUACCUACCCCCAAGAUGGAGCCCCUAGACCAAGACCUGCUGCAUCGCUAUCGUAACCGGCUGUCCGAGGCGCUAGAACCUCACAAUCUCUGCGACUACCUCAGCAAACACGGAGUGCUCACUGCAGAGGAGAUUCGUGUUAUUGGGGAGGCGAAUGAUGCUUUGUCACGUGAGGCGAGAGUCGAUUUACUGUUGGAUGUUUUGCGCAAGUGCACGGACGGACUUCACUGGUUUAUCCGAGGGCUCCUUUUGGAUAAAGAUCAUGAUUUUAUAGCGAGAGAAUUUUUGGAAGAUUCUAUGUUUGGAGAGAGAGACGUGAACGCCCUUCUCCAAGAGCUCAGGGAGGACCUGGAUGAGGUCCAGGUCCUCAAACUACAGCUUCUCCAGGAGCGCAAGAAGCACGACAACACAAAGCGAGAGUUAGAGGAAGUGAAAAGUUCUCGGAACUCGGUCGUGUUCAGCGAAUACGACAGCUCCUCAGGGUGCAGCGGAUUUGAGAGUUCCGACACAGACGCUGUAGCUUACCUUUUACGCGAGCUGGAAGAAGAACGCAAGCGUCGGCAGGAGGCAGAACUCGCUCGGCAGUGUCACCGUAACGAGAUUGAGCAGCUUACAUUCAAGACUAGGCUCCUGGAGCAAAGCAAUACAGACCUUUUACGAGCUGUCAGGAGCCUGGAGGAUCUUAGUACCUUACAGGACGAUCAGGAGUACAGGCUUCCAUGGAAGACCUCAUCGCUCGCUGAUAUAUGCCAUUCUGACGACGAACGGUGUUCUGGGGGUAUGACUAGGUGGCGAAGCGAGGGGGACUCAGGUCUCGUUACCGGUAAUCAAUUCGAUGCGGUUAUUUCUCCUAUUAGUGAUAAAAGUUGUGGGUUUAUGGACCUUGUGCAGAGGGUGAGCAGCCUAGAGCAGGAGCUUCAGGAUGAGAGGACUAGGCGAGAGGACACGGAGUUCGAAAUGAUGAAGCUCGGCUUCGAGAACGAGGAGCUUAACCUAGAACUCGAGCUGACCCGGGAACAGCUCAUCGGAAACCAUGGAGAAUUAUUAGAAAGGAAGACUUAUGAUCAAGAUAUAGAUAUGAGAGACACUGAAGUGUGCGAUGGGUCCUUCGGGGUAACGGCUCGAAUGCCACACGUGCACAGUGCACGUGACAAUGACUUAUCUAGUGCGACCACGUGCCAUGAACUAAGGCCCCGGAUGCAUCCCGAGCUCCGUCAUAGCAUAACUAAGAGCUGGCUCAACAUCAACGAGGAACACUACGAGAUGGAUGAAUACGAGCGCGAGAUAGACAGAGCAGAAAAUGUACCCUUAGACUUCAGAGACACGCUUCGAAGCCUCAAGUCGAAGACGUGGACUUUGCUCAAUGAAAUCAUGGAUGAAGGAAAGGAGUUGAGGCAUCUUAGGGUAAAAGCUGGAAAGAUGAGACCGAGAAAAGUUUACCAUAAAGCAAUGGAAGAAAUCACUAAUAGCUUCCCCACAGCAUUCUAGUCUAUCGAUGCUCAGGUAUAGGCUUAGAUACCUACAUAUUUAUAUCCUGAUAACUGAUAAAAAAGGAUGUGUGGCUAGUGCCAAUAUUGGUACAUCCAAGAGAAGGGCAGCGAGGGUCCGUUUGCACUAGAACGAAAGUCUUGAUGAAUCCAAUAAAAAUAAUCACUUCUCUGAUUUCUUCCUGAUUGGGAACCACUAGGGAUUUAAGAAUAGUUUUUAAGGACAGAUAGUUUAAUCGUUUGCAUUUAAAAAACGGGCUUGUAUUGACAUGUAUUUUUGCAAAGCUAACAGAAUUUCGCCUAGUGCCAACGGGCCAUUUGAUUAUCACAUCCCGGCUUGUUGGGCGGGUGUGAGACAUUUGCAAUUUGGUCAUAGACAGAGUCCACUUCAAUUUGGUGUGUGCUUGUCCCCGGAAAAUUAUUUAUAACUAACUGUCUCUUGUUAUACAAUCUAUUUCCUGAUAAGUCGGUUUCAAAUCGUAUACUAUGGGGAUUUUAAAAUUAAGAAAUUUCAUACAAUGCACAAUACCGCAAAAUUCAGAUAUAAGUUAUUUUUGGAGAUGGCAUUAUUAUUGUUGUUUUUUUUGUAUAAUAAUAAAAUACAUCGCCCUCUAACCACUUUGAUUCAAACCGGAAGUAAGUCCGAUGCCCCAAUUUUGUUUAAAUGAUAAAAAGACAAGUUGAAAGCAUGUUUCGGUGGUGUCGAUCUUCCUUUCUGAUCCCGACACAAUGCCUCUUGGCGAUUUCUCCAUUUCUCAUACAGACAGAAUGUAAUUGAGUAGAGUAUGCUUAAAGCUAUAGCAGUCCCCAGGAUGAUACAUGUGCCGACCCAAACUCGCACAAUCAUUAGGUUGUACUGCCAGUUGUGGUGGUUUGUAGCCCAGGGCAGCCGAACCUUUGCGGAGAUAUACUCUGUGUGAUUCCUGUGGAUUUUUAUGGACGUCGUGGGCCACACGAGGCCUGGGCCUGAAACAAAUUAAAUGUGUUAAUAGAUGGGGUUGAUUUUAAUGAUAGCGUUUUCAUUAUCAAGGGCAGAGGAACAGAGUUUGAAAGGCUAAAUUCUGAUAAUAAACCCUCUUAUUUGGCUGUUUAUUAUCAAGCAAGCAAACUCUGUUUCUCCUACCCUUGUAAGGGCGAUAAAGCUAUCUGUACGCAAUAACGUUUACAGCCAUGUGGGCACGACGUCGACAACCUUCGAAGCUUGGAUAAUUUCUGCUACACAUUUCACAGAAAACCAACGAUUGUGAACGUAGAAAUAUCUCUGAUUUAGGGUUA